AUGAUCUAUGAGGUGAGCAUUCUGCAGGAGCUUUCUCCUCAGGUGUUGAACAGCAGUAACACCUCAAUGACUGUAGAUGACAGCAGGUGUCCAGUCCUACAGGUGGGACAGUACUCCACCUUGUCUGUCCCUCUUCAAGACCUCCUCAUUGAUGGGUUUGCAGAAGAGUUCAGUUUGCUGGUGCAGCUGCGGAGUCCUCAGCAGGACGAACGCAGCGUCUUCACCAUGCUCAGCCCCGACAGCCGAGUGAUGCUGCAGCUGCGGAUCAGCGCCUACGCCAUCAUCUUCAUAGGAACACAACAGCGUCAUUACGAAUUCCCAGUCAGCGGCCUGUCUGAUGGAAAGUGGCACCAUGUGGCGCUCAGUGUGUCUGCCAAGCGGCUGGCGCUGUACGUGGACUGCUCCCUGCUGGAGAGCGUGGACUGGGUGUACCGCAGCAUGGGGAUCAGCACCGAGGGGCUGCUCAUGAUCGGAGGCAUCAUCGAGGCCUUCGAGACUCCAUUUGAACUUUGUGACUCAAGUGAUGGCAUGUGUGACGCUGUGGAAUCCAGACACGACAUGGUUGGGCGCCUGGCAGAGAUCCAAUCUGAGAUCAACCUCAACAGGUCAUCGUGGAUUAAACAAGCUCAGAAACACGAUGUACACGGCUAUCACUGUAUCAACAGCCCUGAUAAAACAAAGGAGAUCCAGACACUGAAAACACUGAUGGGACAACAGAGCUGGCUGUGGAAAAUGAUGUUGUGA